UUCUUGAUGUGUGGCGUGCAGCAGCUGGAGCAGGGCAGGUUUCUGCGUUUUGAGCUCCUCCACCAACUUUCGCUGGUUGGGGAUUUCAGGCUUGCCGGCUCCCACCGCCUCGCUGAACGACACCCAGGGCGGUUCUUGGCAGCCUUAGGGGCCGAUGCUGCCGGAGCCCCUUCGACUUGGAGGAGAGAAGGAGAACGUGGGCGCCUUCCCUGCUGCAGCCAAGCCGUUCGCGGCACCCGGCCUGGGGGCCCAGCAGCGGCAGCUCGACGGCGUCAGCGGCGGCGCCGCCAUGCCCGCCGCUAAUGCAACGCUUCUGGCGGGAGCCGUGCAGGCGGAUCACGCUGCUGUCAAACGCUUGGCACCAGUCGUGAUCGAUUUGGUGGGUGCAGUCAGGAUUGAUGCAGUGCCACCAACCGCAGCAGCUGCCAGCCCCACCGCCGAGGUGGUUGACCUCCUUAGCGAUAGCGACGCCGAGGAAGCCAGCAGCCCCGACUGCGGUGCUGCCCCGCGUAUGCCACCCCGCCCUGGCAGCGUAAUCGAUCUCUGCGCCAGCGACAGCGAGCUGGAACCUGCGCAGCAGCAGCAGCAGCAGCAGCAGCAUGCAGCACGCGCUCCGCAGCAACAGCAGGAGCAGGAGCAGCAGCACGAUGGGCAACAUCCGCAGCAGCAGGCACCGCGGCGGGUGCCAAUGCGGGGGCAUGGCGCCGCUCCACGGCCCAGGCCGCCAGCAGUGCCCCUUUUUUCGGCAGCAGUUAAGCAGGAGCAUGGGCCCGCAGCGGCGGUGGCCGUCCAACAAGAGCAGCCAGCGACGCGUGAGGCGGCACAUGAGCACAAGCACGCGCUACCAGCGGCGGCGAAGGAGGAAGCAGCAGCACCCCGGCAGCCGCCCUCGGCCUCAACUGCCAGCGGCAGCCUGUCUGUCAGUGAGGUGGAGGAUGGCAGCGUCCUGGCUUCAUCAGAAGAAGAUUCGGGCAGCGAGCUAGAGACGGAGGCGGAGGAGUCCAGCAAGGCGGAGGAGUCCAUCGGUGCCACCCCUGGCAGAAGCGGGAGCUUGGAGCCUGAGGUGCAGGCGCAGGAGAGCAUCGAGGGGCUGCAGGCGCAGGAGAGCAGCGAGGGGCUGCAGGCGCAAGGCGCGGAGCGGCAGGAGCAGGACGCGGGUGAGCGCUCUUGCAGCGAGCAGCAGCCCAUGGAUUGGGAGGGCAGCCCCGGAGCAGAUGCAGCUUGUGGGUGUGCACCACAAGAAGCAGCCAUGCUCGAGGAUGCAGCUGCUGCAGAGGGCGACACCGACAGCGGCGCGGCAGUGGGUGCAGCCGCGGAAUGCAGCUUGCCCACCACCGAACCCGGCAGCGAGCAGCUGGACAGCCUGCCUGGCACGGUGGAGGUUGAGGGCGUCUCAGCCUGCAGUGAGCACGGUAGCGGCAGCCUGGCGGCAGCCAGCGACCCGGCUGGUGGUCAGCAGCCAGCCGUGGCACCCGUGGCGGCAAUCCUGGAGCUUCACCAGGAGCAGCAUCAGGUGCGUCCCUUGGACCCCCCUGCAACGGCAGCGGCCGCGGCAGAGGGAGAGGAUGCAGCGGCAGCGGCCGCUGUGGCGGGCACUUUGGAGGCCUUGGUGGUCGCCUGCGAGGUGCAUGCGGCGGCAGCACCGCAGCGGCACUCGCUGCCGCAGCACAUGCCCCCCGGCAGGUCACGCCUGGCCAACUUCUCCCCUAAUCUGCAGCGCCUGGCCCAGCGCAUCGCAAUGUAUGCCAAGCGGUCAGACUCGUCUGCAAACCGCACCAGUGGGACAGCGCCGGCAGCAGCGGCGGCAGCAGCAGCAGCCCCAGCAGCUGCAGUUGCAACAGCGGCGGCUUCCGGGGGCUCUGCACAGGCCGACGACGACGGCAUGCCCGAUCAGAGCGACGCGGGAGCCAUGCUGCACUGGCUGCGCAGCCGCAUCCCAGCGCAUCUGCUGGACCAGUACAAAGAGCCACACCGGGUCAGCGACGAGGAGCAUGCUGUGGCCCUGGAGCGGCUGGAGGUGUAUGAGCGAGAGAUCACGCGUGUGCAGCGGGCGGGCAAGACGCGGAGCAAGUUCGACCUGACCGCCGCCAGCCAGCUGCCGUCCAUCUACCCUCAGUGGGGCCUGUGGGAGAAGACGCACGGGCACAAGCCGGGCGUGCGGCUGGGCCAGCGGUUCAAGGGCCGCGGCUGGCUGCAGGCGCUGGGCCUGCACACCAACUACUACGCUGGCAUCAUGUUUGACACUGGCGCCCCUGCCUACGCCAUCUGCCUGAGCGGCGGAUACGAGGACGACGACGACCACGGCGACUGGCUGUGGUACACGGGCCAGGGCGGCAGGGAUGGCGCAAACGGCACCCAGGGCAGGGACCAGGAGUGGACCAGGGGCAAUGCGGCCAUCCGGGAGUGCAUGGAGCAGGGCAAGCCGCUGCGCGUGUGCAGGGCGGUGCACGUGGAGGAAGAGGUGCAUGAUGCCAGCACGGGGCAGACCAAGGUGCUCAAGAAGACUUUAUACACGAAUGACGGCCUGUACGCUGUGGUCAAGGCUCAGCGUGCGGUGGGACGCGGCGGCAAGGCGCUGGUCUGCAGGUUCCUGCUGGUGGGCAUCCCUGGCCACUACAAGGCCAACAAGAGCGUGUCUUUUGUGGAGCUGCGCGGAUUCCGGGACAAGCUGCGGCUGGCUGGCUGGGCCGACGAGUCGGAUGAGGAGAGGGAUCAGGAGGAGGAGGAGGACGAGGCAGGCUGCUCUUACAUGGACGCCCGCCACAAGCGCCAGAAGACGCAGGCGGCUACCACCGCUGAUAGGGCGCGCAAGGCGGCGGCGGCGGCUGCCACUGCGGCGCCCAAGGCACGGAAGAAGAAGGCCGGGAAGCAGGGGUCGGGCCUGCAGGCCGCCCUGGUCCCCGUUGUGCAGGACGGCGCCUGGCUGGCAGCGCAGCAGCGCCGCCCCGGCUUCUUGUGCGCCGACAUCAGCGGUGGUGUGGAGAAGUACCAGGUCCCUGUGUUUAAUGAGGUGGAUGACGACCCGCCGCCGCAGGGCCUCACCUAUGUGCGGGACAGCAUUGUGGGCAGCGCCGAGGCGCAGCGGCUGCUGGAUCUGGGGCUCAGCCUCAUGCCCAGCGAGUGGUGUGGGCUGGACAGGGGAGAUGCCUCGGGCAUCUACCUGCCGGAUGGCCGCAUGAAGUUUACGAGGAGCGAGGGGCAUUGGGAGUGCUUCCCCGGCUGCCAGAGGCAGGAGCAGUGCAGAUUCAACCGCUUCAUCAGCGAGCGCGGCCUGGUGCUGCCGCUGGAGAUCUUCCGCACAAGGGGCAAGGGGUGGGGCGUGCGCUGCGCCCGCGACAUCGCUGGCGGCUCCUACGUCUGCAGCUACGAGGGCGUGCUGCUGGCGCACAAGGAGGCGGAGAGCCGGCGCAACGACGCAUACCUGUUUGACCUGGAGCACUUCUUCCUCAUGCACCGAGACCCCAGCAUGAAGGGCCAGCGCCGCCAGCGCCUGCCCCCGCUGCCCGCCGACGUGCGCCCCGGCCAGGAAGACGACGACGACGAGGUGUUGGUCAUUGAUGCGGCAAGCACUGGCAACUUGGCCCGCUUCAUCAACCACAGCUGCGAGCCCAACCUGGUCCUCAACCCCGUGCUGCGCCCCGGGGACAGCGGCAUGCGCUACUGCGUGGCCAUCUUUGCUGGGCGGGACAUCCCGCGUGGCACCGAGCUGUGCUACGAUUACGGCUACAAAGUGGGCAGCGUGGCGGGCAAGGAGAUACCUUGCGGCUGCGGCGCCAAGAAGUGCAAGGGGCGCCUCCUCUGA